GUCUAGAAAAUCAAUUCAGUGUACGCACCAAACUCUAGCUUAAUCACAAACUUAAUUCACUCGGCUCACACAACCCAACGUCUUUCUUUCAUUCUUAUUUCUUUUCUUGGGUUCUUUCCAAGAAAACCAAUAUCACCGAAAAUAGGCAGGAUCCUAUAAACCCUAAACCCUAAUCUUUUGGAUCAAGAAAAGUAAUGGGAAAACGAGGAAGAGGUCGCCCUUCAAAGGUUUCGUCAAUCUUCAAUCAAGAUCCUGAAUUCUUCGAAAUCUUCCUCCCAAAUCGCAUCUCACACCAACUGCGGAUACCACCAGAUUUCAUCAAACACUUCGAUAAGAAAAUACCAGGAGCAGUCAUACUUAAAGAUCUCGCGGGACGAAUCUGGCACGUGGAUAUAAAGCAAACUGAAACUGGCGUUUUUCUGAAGAAUGGUUGGAUGAGAUUCGUGAACGAAAAGAGACUAGAGCUCGGUCAAGUUAUGGUUUUUAGAUAUGACACAAGUUCAACAUCUUUCACUGUUAGAAUCUUUGGCAGAAAUGCAAUCAAGGAUGAAGAUCAAGAUUCCAAGAAACCCUUCAAUUCUGUGAAAAAAGAACAAGAAUCUGUUGCAGAUCCAAUCCCAAUUCGCAAAUCCAAAAGAAACCGAAGAAAACCACAAAAGUAUGCUUAAAGUUCGUCUAAUAAAGAAACGGAUAUCUAUUUAGAAUGAACUCAAUCUUGCAUUACCAUUAAGAAACAGAUAUGUGCUACAUUCAUGUC